AUGGCUGUGAGUUGGGUACCGCCGUCAGUGGCAGAUGGGCAGAAGCAUCCGGGAAUCUUUCUCAGGGGCUGGCCAAAUCGGCCCUCCGGACAUGUGUCAGAGGUUUCACAGAUCUUUCGACGUCGUAAGCCGUGUCAAGCCCCUCUGCCAGUCGGGGCCAUGAUUGGCUGCAUCACUGUGGUCGCACGGCUGGUGCACUCGCCCGCAUCUGGCAGGUGGGUAGCAUGCCGUGCCUGUGGUUCAUCGCAGUCUGCCGGAGAGGUGACGCGUCUCUUUGUGGACGCAGAUACCCACAAGAUAGACGACAUUGACAGUGCGAUCAGCAAGCUGGAGAAAAUGGGCAGGACUGUGCGCACACUUGUUUUCGCGCCACCGGGCCGGGAAACGAAAAAAGAUUGGCAGCGCUUCCUGAGAAGGCCGGGGAUCGAUUUCCGCCCAGUCCAACGCGCAGCAAGCCGAACCGGCGAAGCUAAUGACGCUGCCAUCACCCAGGCGCUUCGGAGUUGUGCCGACCGAAGCAUUGCACUCUUGACCUCUGAUUUUGACUUUCACAGCGUCUGUGAGGCGGUGGCUGAGCGUGGCAAGCAAGUCCUAGUGCUGACCCCAUCCAAUAACCGCAAGAUUAUAAGGCGGUAUCAGGACGCCGGAAUUCCUGUGCAAGGGAUUUUGCCCCGUGCCGGGUCCCUCAGAGCUCCAAAGGUACGAGCUAUCCUGCACCAGGAUGGCAGUGGAAGCGUAAAGCUGGAUGACCCGUUCUAUCCUUCCGAUAACUCAGAGUUGCUCCAGGACACUGAAAGCUUCCUACGUGACUUGGGCUACGUUGCUCGAGACGGAGAGUACCUCGUCCAUUCUACUGCGAAGUUUUGGCUUGCCAACGACCUGGGACCACUGACAGUGUUCCCUUCUCAAGUUACUUUCGAAGAGUUCGGGCAACGUGUACUAGGCCAAGGCAAGAAGUGGCGGAAGCAGAGCGUGAAUGACAAGGCUUUCCUGCUUCCCAAAACUUCAGCAAACAGAAUCAAAUUGCAAGCUGCAAAGUUCGGCACCGAGCUUGCUAGGCGACUCUAUUUUGGUGGAGGUCCUUUCAUGUUGAAAGACUCGGAAGGUAUGGUUCGCCAAGCUCUAACACAAUUGGGAUACCUGGACGAGGAGAUGAAUGCAGAUGUGCUCGAAGCCAUGCUGGUCUUCGUCAACAUUGCGGACAAUCGGAACUCACUGCGCAAGAAGGCCGGCGUGCUGCCCAACCCCGGCGACUCCCCUGCAGAAGUGGAGGAGAAGCUUCGACAUGCGUUUCUGUCGCAUCUCACAGACGGGCAAUGGCGGGUGGCAUCCAACGAUCUUGACGUGCGGUGGCUUCUCCGCGACGAAGGCUUAUUGGCUUCUGUUGACGCGACACGCCAGGACGUGUUUCAGGCGAUGGCCGAGUUUGCAAAGCAGCGUAGCCUUCCCGAGAUGAAGACCUAUGGUGGCUAUGUUUUUCGCAUUCGCUCUGCCGCGAGGCCAAACUCAAACAAGGUAGCAACUAUCGAGUUUGCUGCUUAG